UGUCAAAAAAUUUAUAAUAUAAAUAAUAAUUUAUACACAUAUAUAUAUAUAUAUUAUCUUUCUAGAAUUAAAAAAAAUAAAAUAAGAAAAAUAAGAAUUACAAGCAUGUACGAUAUAUGUCAUCCUAGUUUUUAUUAUAUUGGAAAAUUAGGUUGCAACGAUCCUAUAAAAAUUUCAAAUACAUUUUAUAUAUAUAUGCAAUUAUGCGAAGGUAAAAGAUUUUGGCACAUUGAGUAUAAAUAUAAUAAAGAAUUGGAUUUACUUUAUUUAGAAACAAAACAAAAUAAAAAUUCGAAUCUUGAAAUUUACAUACCAUGGCCCGUAUCAUCUUCGAUCACUAUAGAUCUCAUUGAAAAAAUACAGAAGUCACUUGAAACUAAUAGAAUAAUAUUUGUAUUUAAAUCUAUGGAUAGUACUAGUGUCUUUUAUAGAACAAGUGCAGGUCUUAUAAAACCCUUAUCACCUUUAUUAAGAAAACGAUUAAAAGAAAAAGAAGAUAAAAGGAUAACGUUAGAAAGAAAUAUUAAAAAAAAUACAUCUAAUUUAUACGAAUUAGCUAAAUCUAUAAAUCCUCGAGAUAAUGAUCAUCAAUCAAGUAGUGAAAGUAAAAAUGAUGAAACAAAUUCUGAAACAUCUAUAAUAGAAAUCUAAUUUGAAAUAUUAAAAUAUUUUUCAAAUUUUUGAAUAAUUAAAUAUAAAUAUAUAUAUAUAUAUAUGAUGAUAAGAAAAU